AUGGCCUUCUUGUUACUAUAUGUAGACGACAUCAUCAUCACAGCUUCGAGUGAUUCGCUUCUACAAAACAUCAUCAAAUCACUCUCCACUGAAUUUAAAAUGACCGACCUUGGAAAUCUUCAUCAUUUUCUCGGCAUUGCAAUUCAAAAACGUAAUGGUGGUCUUUUUCUAUCUCAAUCUACAUACGCAUCAGAUAUAUUGGCUCGUGUAAACAUGUCCAACUGCAAAUCUGUCAGUACUCCAGUCGGGGUUGGUUCUAAACUUAGUGCUGACACCGGUACACUUUUCUCUGAUAGUUCUUUAUACAGAAGUUUAGCUGGUGCCUUACAAUACCUUACUAUUACCAUAUCAGAUAAAUCAUACGCGGUUCAGCAAGUUUGUCUGUUCAUGCAUGCCCCACGAGAACCGCAUUUCAAUUUCUCAAACAAAUCCUACGCUACAUCAAAGGGACUAUCUCACAUGGUCUAUUUAUUUCCCCCUCCAAAUCCGCGGACCUCGCAGCAUAUUCUGAUGCGAAUUGGGGUGGUUGUCCCGACUCGCGGCGAUCAACCUCCGGUUAUUGCGUCUACUUAG